AUGUCAGACUACGAAGCUUUACUAUCCUUUAACAAGAGGGCUGUGUCCCACGAAAUGAUUCAAUUCCUAGCAUCAACGACAGCUUCAAUCAUUCAAGUGAAACCACACAGUGAACCAAAAACAAACACAGCUCACAUAAUACCUACAUUGUCAAAUUUUAUCAAGGCUUUAAUUAAGCAUUCUAAUGUACAAACUCCAACACUCAUGGCUACUACAGUGUACCUUUCCAAAUUAAAAUCAAUAAUACCUUGUAAUGUGUACGGUAUCGAAACUACAAGACACAGAAUAUUUUUAGGUUGUCUGAUUCUUGCAGCUAAGACUCUAAAUGACUCCUCUCCCAUGAAUAAACAUUGGGCCCAAUAUACUGAUGGAUUACUACAGAUACGAGAAGUGAACACUAUCGAACGUGAACUAUUGGAAUAUUUUGACUGGGAUGUUACUAUAAAGACCAAGGAUUUAAUUAUAUGCCUAUCUCCAUUAUUACAACCAAUCAUAGAACAAAGCCUAAGAAAGAACCAAAUGGAUUUACUAUUGUUCAAUGCUCCAACACCGGGCAAGGUCAGAAACUACAUCGAUUCAAGCAGUCCAAAUUCUCAUUCUCGCUCUUCUUCAAAUAUGUCGCUACCAUCAUUGGUUUCGUCCGCCACUUUAUCUACUGUAGAAUCAACAAGAUCCCGUUUGUCCAACCUCUGUGGUAAUACUCAUAUAAAUACAAUUUCAGAACAAGAAGAAUAUAGCCCUGUUCCACGCAAGACAUCAGCCGCCUACCGUGGAAAUCCUUACAAUUCUCCAUUAAGUGACACUGAAAAUAAAGCCCAAGUCCCAACUAAAUUGAGGAAGAAUUCAAAGGGAUAUCCCACCAUUUUAAAGAGUGGGUUGGAUAAACCAAUCAAUCAAUCUGAUACUAAAAGAUCAGCUUGGGUUUCGUUUUUUAAAUAA